AUGGAUGAGGAUCAAGGCCCGUCGCAAAUCGUCCCCGGGACGGCUCCCAAGAGGACCAUGGGAGAUCGCGUCCGUGGCGCAAGGAACAGGUUCUUCACCAAGGACGGUCUAGUUGGCGACUACGAUUACGCCCAUCUGUUCCGGCCCAACCUACCCUUCAUGAAGAAGAGCCAGAGGGCCGCCCCUUUCUUCGGCCUCAACGACCGAAUGCCCACUCUCCUGGCCCUGUUGCUCGGGUUCCAGCAUGCUCUCGCCAUGUUGGCCGGCAUCAUCACGCCGCCCAUCCUGCUGAGCGGCGCCGCCGGCGCCAACCUGACCGGCGAGACGCAGCAGUACCUCGUCUCGACGGCCCUGAUCGUCUCCGGCCUCCUGUCCGUGAUCCAGAUCACCAGGUUCCACAUCCUGAAGACUCCCUACUACAUCGGCACCGGCCUGAUCUCGGUCGUCGGCAUCUCCUUUUCCAUCAUCCCCGUCGCCCAGGGCGCGCUGGCUCAGAUGUAUGCCAAUGGCUUCUGCCCGACCGACGCCCAGGGGAACAAGCUCCCUUGCCCUGAUGGCUAUGGAGCCAUCAUCGGCUCUAGUGCUCUCUGCGCCCUCAUUGAGAUCGUCAUCUCCUUCAUGCCGCCCAACAUCAUGCUACGCGUCUUCCCACCCAUCGUCACUGGCCCAACUGUCAUGCUUAUCGGCAUUAAUUUGAUCGGGAGCGGUUUUCAGAACUGGAUGGGCGGCUCCGGCCCCUGCGCAAAUCCCACCUCCGACUUCUUCGCCCGGUGCCCCAACAUCGCCGCGCCUCACGCUCUCCCGUGGGGUUCUGCCGAGUACCUGGGUCUGGGCUUCUCCGUCUUCAUCACCAUCAUUCUCUGUGAGCGGUUCGGCGCCCCAAUUAUGAAGUCGACCUCCGUCGUCAUCGGCCUUCUCGUUGGUGAGAUGCAUCGUCGCCGCCGCCUGCGGAUACUUGACCGCUCCGGCAUCGACAGCGCCCCUGCCGUCUCCUUCAUCUGGGUUCAGACCUUCAAACUCUCCCUCUACGGCCCGCUCAUCUUGCCUUUGCUAGCCGUGUACAUCAUCUGCGCCACCGAGGCCAUUGGGGACAUCACGGCGACCUGCGAUGUGUCCCGCCUCGAGGUCGAGGGUCGUCUGUUCGAGUCUCGCGUACAGGGCGGCGUGCUUGCCGACGGCAUCAAUGGCGUUCUCGCCGCUCUCAUGACUAUUACCCCCAUGACAACCUUUGCUCAAAACAACGGCGUCAUUGCCCUCACUCGCUGCGCCAACCGCAGCGCUGGCUACUGCUGCUGCUUCUUCCUCAUCGUCAUGGGAAUCUUUUCCAAGUUUGCCGCCUCGCUCGUCGCCAUCCCCUCGGCGGUCUUGGGCGGCAUGACGUCCUUCCUCUUCACCGCGGUAGCCGUCUCCGGCAUGGCCAUCGUUACAAAGGGCGUGCCCUUCAACCGCCGCAACCGAUUCAUCCUCACGGCCGGCCUGACGCUCGGCUACGGCGCCACGCUGGUGCCGAACUACUUCGACCAUGUCUUCACCUACGCCGGCGAAAACCGCGGUCUCCGGGGGUUCCUUGACGCCAUCGUACUCAUCAUGGAGACGGGCUUCGCCAUCACGGCGUUCGUGUGCAUGGCCCUCAAUCUCCUUCUCGACCCAGAGAUUGAGGACACGGAUGGCCAUGCCCUUGUCCCUGCAACCGGUGCCAUCCCGUCCAAGGACGCCAGCGGCGGAGACAGCGCCCGCGGGGUGGAUUCGGAGGAUAUUCAACCCGUUGGCCAUAAUGGCGGUGACAAGGGUGGAGAGAAGCUGUCAUAA